AGUCAAGGCAGCGAGUGAGCACCGCAGCUGCCCCGGGGACGGUGGACGGAACGUUUCAGGGGCUUCUCCUGCCCAUCGAGCGCUGCUUUGGCCGUGGGGGUGAGCGGGCAGGGGUCGGGCCCCAGCCGCUCUCCGGAAGCAUCCACAAUGGUCCACUGCUGGAAUCAUGGGAAUAUCACCCGCUCCAAAGCGGAGGAGCUGCUCUCCAAGACCGGGAAAGACGGGAGCUUCCUCGUGAGGGCCAGCGAGUCCAUCCCCCGAGCGUAUGCCCUCUGCGUCUUGUAUCGGACUUGUGUUUACACCUACCGGAUUCUGCCCAAUGAGGAAGACAAAUUCACUGUCCAGGCAUCCGAAGGGGUCCCCGUCAGGUUCUUCACCAGCCUGGACCAGCUCAUAGAGUUCUAUAAGAAGGAGAACAUGGGCCUGGUAACCCACCUGCAGUAUCCCGUCCCAAUAGAAGAAGAAGAGGCAGGAGACGAGCUGGAGGAGGAAACAGAAUUUUUCCUCUCGCCGCCUGAGCUGCCUCCCAGGAACCUUCCGCUCUCAUCGGGGGCAAGCGAAGCCAAGGAAGUCCUCCCACCCGAUAAUUCCCGAGUCAUGGAACCCAGCAAACUGUCGCUUUCGGAGACUUUGCUUCAGAGAUUCCAGGGCAUGGACACCAGUGGGCUUCCUGAAGAGCACCUGAAAGCCAUCCAAGAUUACCUGAGCACUCAGGUUAGCCUGGAUACGGACUUUGUGAAGACAGGAGCCAACAACCUCCCCCACUUCAAGAAACUAAUCAUGGUCCUCUGCAAAGAGCUCUACAGUGAAGUUACCAGGACCUUGCCCACCCUGGAGGCCCUGCAGAGGUUGUUUGACCAGCAGCUGUCCCCUGGCAUCCGGUCUCGGCCUCAGGCGUGUGCAGAAGCCAGUCCAGUCAACAUAAUGGCCAAGCUUGGCCAACUGACCAGCUUACUGUCCUCUCUCGAAGACAAGGGAAAGGCAUUCCUGGGGGGAGGCCCUGAAUCCACACAUCGACGAUCGCUCAUCCCUCCUGUCACCUUUGAGGUAAAAUCAGAAUCCUUAGGAAUUCCACAAAAAAUGCAGCUUAAAGUUGACGUUGAAUCUGGAAAACUGAUCAUCAAGAAAUCCAAGGAUGGCCCCGAGGACAAGUUCUAUAGCCACAAGAAAAUCUUGCAGCUCAUCAAGUCCCAGAAGUUCCAUAACAAGCUCGUCAUCGUGGUGGAGACAGAGAAGGAGAAGACCUUGCGGAAGGAGUACGUCUUUGCCGACUCCAAGAAAAGAGAGGGCUUCUGUCAGCUCCUCCAACAGAUGAAGAACAAGCACUCGGAGCAGCCUGAGCCGGACAUGAUCACCAUCUUCAUCGGGACCUGGAACAUGGGUGAUGCCCCUCCGCCCAAGAAGAUCACCUCGUGGUUUCUCUCCAAGGGCCAGGGCAAGACUCGGGACGACUCGGCCGAUUACAUCCCCCACGACAUCUACGUGAUCGGCACCCAGGAGGACCCCUUGGGCGAGAAAGAGUGGCUGGAGAUUCUGAAGCACUCCCUGCAGGAGAUCACUGAUAUCACUUUCAAAAUGGUAGCCAUCCACACCCUCUGGAACAUCCGGAUUGUUGUGCUGGCCAAGUUGGAACACGAAAACAGAAUCAGCCACAUCUGCACAAACAAUGUGAAGACUGGGAUUGCCAACACUCUUGGUAAUAAAGGAGCUGUGGGGGUGUCCUUCAUGUUCAACGGAACAUCCCUGGGAUUUGUGAACAGCCACUUAACUUCUGGAAGCGAAAAGAAACUGAGGCGGAACCAGAACUACAUGAGCAUCCUCCGCUUCCUGGCGCUGGGAGACAAGAAGCUGAGCCCCUUCAACAUCACGCACCGCUUCACACACCUCUUCUGGCUGGGAGACCUGAACUACAGACUGGAGCUGCCUCCCUCGGAAGCUGAGAACAUCAUCCAGAAGAUCAAGCAGCAGCAGUACCCGGAGCUGCUGCUUCACGACCAACUGCUCACCGAGCGGAAAGAGCAGAAGGUCUUCUUGCAUUUCGAGGAGGAAGAGAUCACCUUUGCUCCAACCUACCGCUUUGAAAGACUGACCCGGGAAAAGUAUGCCUACACUAAACAGAAAGCCACAGGGAUGAAAUACAACUUACCAUCUUGGUGUGAUCGUGUGCUCUGGAAGUCCUAUCCCCUCGUGCAUGUGGUGUGUCAGUCCUAUGGUUGCACGAGCGACAUCAUGACAAGUGACCACAGUCCUGUCUUUGCCACAUUUGAAGUCGGCGUCACCUCGCAGUUUGUCUCCAAGAAUGGUCCCGGGAAUGUGGACUCUCAAGGACAAAUCGAGUUUCUGAACUGCUAUGCCACCUUGAAGACAAAGUCACAGACAAAAUUCUACCUGGAGUUCCAUUCCAGCUGCCUAGAAAGUUUUGUGAAGAGCCAGGAAGGAGAAAAUGAGGAAGGCACUGAAGGGGAGCUGGUGGUGAAGUUUGCUGAUGACCUUCCAAAGUUGACCCCCAUUAUUUCUGACCCAGAGUACCUGUUGGACCAGCACAUCCUCAUCAGCAUCAAGUCUUCAGACAGUGAUGAAUCCUAUGGCGAAGGCUGCAUUGCUUUGAGAUCUGAAGCCAUUGAGUCCUUGGUCCCCAUCUAUACCGCACUCACUCACCAUGGAGAGAUGAUGGGUCACUUCCGAGGAGAGAUUAAGCUGCAGACCUCCCAAGGGAAGAAGAGAGAAAGGCUCUAUGACUUUGUGAAGAUAGAGCGAGAUGAGGCCUCUGGGCAGAAGUCCCUGAAGAGUCUCAUCAGUCAUGACCCCAUCAAGCAGUGGGAGUGUUCCUCCAGAGCUCAUUUCAGUGGCUCCACCUUCACUGAGAUCACCAACCCCAACUAUCUAGGGGUGGGACUUUUCGGCCAGCAGAUGCCCCUCCACGGGAAGCCAGCCAUCUCCCCUGAGCUGCAGCCCACCUUCUGGAGUUAUGACAGUCCCCCAGUUCCCAGCUGGGGAGAGUCUCCCCCUACCCCACCCUCACAGCCCCCAUUGUCUCCCAAAAAGUCCUCUCCCGGCUCAGCAAACCGAGCUCUUAAUCUCAGGACCCAGGAGCAACUGCUCACUGACUUGGGGAAGAACAUGGCGGAGCCCUCACCCAUGGACGAACAACUGCUCGCCAAGCCAGAGAUGUUUGAGAACCCGCUGUAUGGAGCCGUGAGUGUCUUUCCCAAGCCGGCGCCCAGGAAAGAGCAAGAGUCCCCCCAGACCCUGCGGAAGGAUCGUCUAGGCUGCCCAGACCCUGGAACUCCAUCUCCAGCCGUCAUCUUCACGAAACCCCCAGAGGGCGAGGGCAAGUUGGCCAGCAGGCAGACCUCUGCCCCCCUUCUCCCCGUGCCCAGGAUGCGUUCCUUUACCUGUUCCUCCUCUACAGAGGGGAGGACCACCUUGUCAGGAGAAAAGACCCAGGGGAAGCCCAAACCCUCCACCCCCUCGGAAAAUCCAGUCCCAGCCAAGAGGCCGGUCAAGCCCGUGAGGUCUGAAAUGAGUCAGCAGGGGAACCCAGCACAGACGAGCAGACCUCCUCUCCCUGCCAAGAGUCCAGCUGUGCUACAUCUGCAGCACUCCAAAGCCCGAGACUAUCGGGAGAGCUCUGAGCUUCCACACCAUGGGAAGCACUGGCCAGAGGAAGGGCCAACCAGCAGGACAUCUAUGCAGUGAGUGUCACCAAGGCAAGAUGUCUUGCAAGAAGGCCCUCCCGGGAGAAGAGGGAGAAGCUCCCUGGCUGCACUCUCUUCUCUGACGUCAUUUGCAAGGCUUUUUGUUUUUCACGAAAUAAGACUCACCUCCCUGGCGGCCACAGGAUUGCUCUGUCGUUGGCUAACCCAGUGGAGUGAUUUGGCUUGGGAAAAGGAAAUUUCCAGCUGGACCCCAAGACACCCAAGUGAUCAGGCCAUUCCGGGGGCCGUCGAGCAGCCAGUCUUCUCCAAAGGAGAGAAUAAGGUACAGAUAAGACAGUGAAGAGGCAACCUCUCUCAACAGACCAAAGACAUGAGACCCGUGGCUCCCGUGGCUCUCCCGGGCGAUGAUUCCCCCCGUGGGACGUGGGGCCGGAGCAAAGCAUUAAUGAUGACCAGGGCAGAUGGAACGGGGAGCAAAGAUGAAGCCUUGGGGCCUGCUCGGGUUACUAGAAUCUGGAGUCGUUCCCUUCCAGGCUGCUCGAUCCAUCCCGAUCUCUAACUUAGGUACAAGGCAGUUCAUCCCGGGGCCAUCGAGUCAGAGUAGACUAGAUGAGGUCGUGGCAGUGGUGGCUUCUUGGAGGCCGGAGGAAAUCAAACCCUUUCAUUGAGCUUGAUCUAGCGUGCAGGAUGCCGUGUUCCCCCCAAGAGACAGCCUAGGGCUGGCCCUGAGGGAUGCCAAGGCCCUUCUCACGCUUCAGAAAUCUUUCCUCCCGUGUAUUAGGCUCGAGGAGGUCCGGCCAAGCUUCUCCCCGGGGCAGAGCUUCAGACAGGGAGGGCUGGGCUGGGCUUCCCCCAGCCGGCACUCAGCUCUACGCUGUGGCUCCCAUCGAGGCACCUUUCCCCGAUGUGCCUUAGAAAGAGCACGCCUUGCGUCGGGGCUGGACCAUCUUCCCUUUGGGAGUCGAGAGGGAUCCUUCUUUGGUGAUUUUUCCUCCCUGUCCCUUUUCUAAUGAGAAAAAUCUUAGUGUUGGAAACCAAGGCAUCGCGUGUGCAGGGGAGUGUGCGUGUGCGCCCCGGGCCGGUUUGUACGUAGAAAUGUGUCCAUAACACCAAUAAAGCCUGCUUUUCUCACUCA